GGUCUUUCUCUCUACCGUCUUAAAGUCUCUCUCUCUCUGGUCUGAUCUCAGCAUUAUUCUUCAGCUCUGCUCAUCUUCACACAUCGACACCAAAUCACAAGAUGAUCACAAUCCUGUGUGCUUUCUUCACUCUUCUGAGCUGUGUCAGUGGAGUGACUGGAGUGACUCAGAGUCCAUUAAUCUCAGUCAAUGAAGGACAAACAGCUCAACUGGACUGUAAUCUGGGGACAGUAACUGAUGCUUCUGCUCAAUGGUACAAACAGACUCCAGGAGGAGCUCCUCAAUAUGUGUUAAGAUUUUAUCAUGGCUGGGGCUCACCUUCAUAUGGAUCUGGUUUCUCUGCUCCUAAAUUCACAUCAACACAUUCAUCUCAAUCAGAUUAUCGUCUGAUCAUCAGUAAUGUGGAUGUGUCUGAUUCUGCGGUGUAUUACUGUCAGACAUGGGACAGCUCUGUUAGUGAGAACGUAUUCGGCCAAGGAACAAAACUCAAUGUGAUCGACUCCCCUCUGUCUCGUCCUGUUCUGACUCUCUUGUCUCCGUCCGCUGAGGCUCUGAAGGAGAGUAAAGUCACUCUGGUGUGUCUGGCCGAGGAUGUCUCGGUGCCUCUGGUGCACGUUACCUGGUCGGUCAACGGCCGCUCCGUUACAGACGGUGUCUGGAACAGCCCUACCGAGAAACAACCGGACAAACGCUUCAAAAUGAGCAGCUCUCUGAGCGUGGAGUCGUCCGUGUGGACGAACGACGCAGAUUUCUCGUGUGAAGUGUCAGUGGGCUCCGAGUCCGCUAAGAAAAGCAUCUCGGUUUCCCGCUGCGGAACGACGGCCUGAAGGAAAAUCUUUAUUUUUUUUUGUUCGUGUUGUGUGAAUUGCGUGACUUCGGUACUUUAUAUAGCACUGUGUACUUACGUUUUUGGUUUUGGCACUUGCAAUUAAAAAUCAAGGCAUGGCA